AUGUAUCCGAACAUUGGCUCAGGCACAACACAACCAUCAGCGCCGCCACCACCUUCUUCAACAACAACAACAACUUCGACAUUAUCGAAUUCAAAUUCACAACAGCCUGUUGGAUUUUCUAGUAUAAUGUCUCAACCACCCAAUCAAAACACGCCAUAUCCCGGCGGACAAUCAUCACAACCUCCUUAUCCAACAGGUCCUCCAUCAUCAUCACAACCUCCUUAUCCAACUGGUCCGUCAUCAUCAUCAUCAUCUCUUAAUAAUCCAUUUCCAUCAAAUAAUCAACCAGCAAAUGCAAGUAAAUAUUCAAAUUAUUCUCUUCCAGCUACGGGACAACAACCUCCACCACCUCAAGGUGGUGCUGGUUAUCAACAAGGUUCCUAUCCACCACAAACAAAUCCUUAUCCACCUUCUGGAUAUCCACCUGGUCAACAACCACCACGUCCAACAGGUUAUCAAAAUCCAUACCCUCCAUCAAAUCCAUAUCAAUCACAGCAAGGUAAUACCGGUUUUCAAAAUCCAUAUCAAUCAUCAACUUCCUAUCCACCACAGCAAGGUGGUUAUCCACCACAACAAUCAAAUCAAAAUCCUUAUGGUCAAAAUCCUUAUGGUCAAAAUCCUUAUGGACAAAGUCCUUAUGGUUCAAAUGUUCCACAACAGCAAUCAUAUCAAAAUCCUUAUGGUUCAAAUCCUCAACAACAACAAUCCUAUCAAAAUCCCUAUGGUUCAAAUGCUCCACAACAACCAUAUCAAAAUCCUUAUGGUUCCAAUCCUCAACAACCUCAAGGUGGUUAUGCUGGUGGAUAUAAUGCAAAUACAUUUGGAUCACCAGCUAUAAAUGAUCGUCUUCGAGCCAUAACUGGUCGAUAUGAAAUAAAUGAUACACUUGCUCAACGUCUUAACAUUCUUCAACAAUUUGAAAUAGUUUUACUUUGUGAUGAUUCAGGUUCAAUGAAUACACCAGUUGAUGGAACAACAGGUACUCGAUGGGAUGAAUUACGAUCUAUUGUACAAAUAGUUAUGGAAAUUGGCACUGUAUUUGAUUCAAAUGGAGUUGAUGUACAUUUUCUUAAUCGUCCAUCAAUGCCUAAUGUAACUGAUUCUCGACAAGUUAUUGAAUCAUUUAGUCAACGUCCAGGUGGAUUAACACCACUUACACAAGCUUUAAGACGAAUAUUUCAAUCAGCAGCAAGUAAACCUGGUAGUGAUAAACGUUUACUUGUAUUUGUAGCUACAGAUGGAGCUCCAACAGAUCCAAGUGGUAAUGUUGAUAUACAAAGUUUAGAAAAUUUAAUGAGAAAUGAACGUCAAGCAAAUACAACAUAUGUAACAUUUCUUGCUUGUACAGAUGAUGAAUCAAGUGUAGCUUAUUUAUCACAAUGGGAUCGUACAAUGAUGAAUGUUGAUGUUGUUGAUGAUUAUAAAACUGAACGAGAAGAAGUACGUCGUAUUCGAGGAAAUAAUUAUCCAUUUUCAUUUGGAGAUUAUGUUGCAAAAGCAUUACUUGGUGCAGUUGAUCCACAAAUGGAUCUUUUGGAUGAAUCUGGAAAUAAUAAUAAUUUUCGAAGAUUUUAA